ACAUUGUUCCAAAUCAUCAUUUAUAAGUGAAAAAGAGUUAGAAUGCUAUUUACUCUAUUUUUACUUAUAUCAUGGCUGUAUAUUGGACAAUCACAGACAAUUGGACAAAUCAACAAUAGUAUAGCUACAACAACAACAGUAGCAACAAAGCCAACAUACAACAUAGGUAUCUCAUUUCCCAAAUCAUCCGAUGUUGUAGCCGAAGAUCCCGCAUUAAAGGACAUGAUCGUUACGAGCGAAGUAGCCAUUCAACUUGCAGCCGAUUCAAUUCGAAAAAGCAACAUUUUAAGUGAUGUAGAAUUGAAUUUCACUCGAUACUAUUCAGAUGAAAAGAAUCCAGGCAAAACAUCAUUAACAGCAGUCAAAAUGGUGCAAGAUAAUGUCAAUGCAGUUAUAGGUGAUAUGAUCUCCACUAUGACAGAAGCUAUUGCAUCAGUCACAGGUGUCAAGCAAAUUCCACAAUGCUCAUGCGCUUCUGCUUCUUACAGUCUGACAGAUAAAUCCAUUUAUCCAUACUUCUUCCGAACAGUUGGUAGUGUCUCACUCUAUGGAGAAUCGCUUGUUGAUUGGGUUGACAGUAUGGGUUGGGGCAUGUUUGCCAUUAUCUAUACGAAUGAUGCUGUUGGUCAACAAGUGCUCAAUACAAUGAAACAACAAGCAAAUAAGCACAAGAUUCAGGCCAUGACUAAUAUACCACUUUACAGUCUAACUGACGAAGAGAUUGAAGAAUCCCUUUCGUUGUUAGAGUCUUCAGGGUCUCGUAUUGUUAUUUUAGCUGACUCGACUACCAGCGACCAAGUUGCUAUUCUGAAUAAAGCAAGACACAUGGGCUUAUUGACAAAAGGUUGGGUAUGGAUUGUCACCAAUGAUAUUUCACCUGUUCUACAAGAAAACGCCAAAACUCCGGAAGAUUUGGCCGUUUAUGAUGGACUCAUGUUUAUAAGCGGCUUAUGGGACUUAACUGGUGAACCUUCGUAUGACCGUUUAAACCAAAUUUGGAAAGAUCAACGUGUUCCUGAAGAAUUUAGUGAUGCUCGUGAAUGGAACACUACAGGCUUAUCUUAUAAUGCACCACAAGCAUACGCAUGUGCUGAAUUACUUGCUCUCGGGCUUAACCAUGCACUUGACACUUAUCCUGGUGGCCGAAGUGUUGGUUUGUCUGAUCUAGGCAAAGGCACCUUUAAUUCUUCAAGAAUGACUCCAGAAUUUUACAACUUGAAUUACACAGGUCCAGCAGGUUUGAUGAAUUUUUCAGACACAGGCGAUUUGGAAUCAGGAUACUUUCAAAUUCUUUACAUGCUGAAUGGUACUAGCGUUCCCUACGCUACUGUAAAGCUAAAUCAUUUCGAAUUCAUGCCAAACACUAGCAUUAUUUAUCUUGGUCAUACCACGGAAAAGCCAGCUGAUAUGGUGGCCAAAUCAUCUCUCAACCCCACAACCCACGAAGCUACUGGUGUCAUCAUCAUUACUAUUUGUGCUUUCGGCCUAUUAGCUGCUUUGUUGAUGAUGUUCUUAAUUAUUUGGUUCCGCGGCCUGAAGUCUAUCAUGGUGGCAAGUCCUAUUUUCUGUUGUCUUCAAUUGACUGGUCUCUCCUUAACUUAUGUAGCCGUUGCUCUCUACAUUGAAAAACCUAGUCCUGCAAAAUGUAUCUUUAGGCAAGUCUUUCUCAUGAUUGGGUUCGUAUUGGUUAUAGGCAGUAUUGUAGCCAAAAAUUAUAGAAUCUAUAGAAUCUUCCAAAACGUGUUUACUGUAAGAACAUCAAGGCUUAAAUCUUAUUAUCUUGUUCGUAUAGUAGCUUUUUUUGGUAUCAUUGGUCUUUUACCUCUGAUUAUCUGGUACGCUAUUUUUCCUAUUUCAGUUUCUGAUGUGAUGAUCUCGACUUCAAGCUAUUGUUGGUUAUGCACAUACCCUACUGCAAAAGUAGGCAGCUGGCACAACUUCAAUAUUGCUGAACUUAUUGCCUUGAUCUGGUGUGUUAUCUUGAUGGUUAUUUCCGCCCUGUUAGCAUUUAAGACACGCAAUGUGGGUAGCAAAUGGUCAGAAGCGACCCAAAUUGCCUAUGUGAGUUAUAAUACAGGUCUAGCCGCUAUUGUUGCCAGUCCAAGCUUCUUUUUAGCAAACGAAAGCUACUUGAUCUCGACUUACCUCAAGAUUGCAAGUAUUUUGUUUGCAGCAACAUUCACUAUCAUUGUCUUGUUUCUUCCCAAGUUUAUCUUGAUUGUAUCUUACAUUUUCAAGAGCAACAAAAAAUUAAGUUUAUAUCGCAUGAACACGGAGAGUCAAGCACAGUUAACACACCAGCCUUUCUCUUCUUCCCCAGACGACAGCCUUAAUCUAAAUUUGGUGGCAAAGAACAUGUUUGAUUUUACUGUCAAAGCGCAUGAAGGUAUUUUGCCCGUCAAGAAAAUGGCUCGUUUUGAGUUUUUGUCGAUUUGGGAAUUAAAGCAUAUUGUGCUUGUACCUCUCAAGCGCUUUUUUAUUCUCUCUAGCAAAUCUGGACACAGUGCUAUUCUCUAUAACUAUACUCAUUGUGAAAUGAUCAAUACACACAACAAAGACCAUUAUGUAUUCCGUGUUCGUACAGACGACGGCCUUACGUUUAUGUUCCAAGUAAGCGACCAAACAGCCCUUGAACGCUGGAUCAAUUGGUUUAAUGGACGAGACGAUCAACCUGUUGAACCGCCUAAAAGAUCAAACACACAGAUCAGAUUUGUCGAAAAACCAAGACAAGAAACAGACGGAUCUACUGGCGGGUCUCAUGGAAUGAGUAGCAGUGAAAUCUAUGGACGUGAUCAACCGAGACUCAUGGAGCCUGCACACCCAAAAAACCAGCUGGAAACCUUCGGCGUAGACGACCAUGUUUCCUCUAUUGUCAACAACCGAACAUUUUAUCUUCAUACAUCUGAUUUCUAUGAUCCUACAUCGUUUAGUGAUGUCAAUAAUCAGUUCCCUAACGUGGCCAAUAAUCCUGUUCUAAGCAGCAGCUAUAAUCGAACCAUAUCCAUGUCAGCCAGUGAAAAUGUCUCACACAAUAACAUGUCUAUCACUUUACCCAAUUCAUUUGGUGUAAUUGACCCUUCAUGGCGACAAUAUCCCUAAAUCACUUUCUUAUACCCCACUUUUAUAUAUAUAUUUUUUUUUUACUCAAAUAAUGAUAUUUAGACCAUGUUAACGAUUAAUUGACCCUUUAUUAUAUACAUAAAAAAAAGAAAAAAAAAG